AUGGCGCCUCUGCUUGGCCUGCUCCUGGUGGCCCUGGUGGGCCUACCUCUGGCCCAGGCUCUGGACUGCCACGUCUGCGCCUACAACGGAGAGAACUGUUUCAACCCCAUGCGCUGCCCGGCAAUGGUCUCCUACUGCAUGACCACACGCACCUACUACACGCCAUACAGGAUGAAGGUUAGCAAAUCCUGCGUGCCCAGCUGCUUUGAGACCGUCUAUGAUGGCUACUCCAAGCACGCCUCCACCACCGUCUGCUGUCAGUACGACCUGUGCAACCGUGCGGGCUUCACAGCCCCUGCCGCCCUGGCUCUGGCCCCCGCGCUCCUCACCACCCUCUGGGGUCUGCUCUGA